AUGUCACCACAAGCAGGUUGCAGAGUAUCUCCUGAAGUUUGCCUUUACAAUAUCAAGUACGAAGAUGGAUCAAACACAAUAGGUCAGAUGGCUAAAGAAACAAUGACAUUGGCAACCACAUCAGGUAGUGUUGUAACCCUAAAAGAUAUUGUUUUUGGUUGUAGCCAUAUGUCGAACGCUGGUACGUUUACUGAGAAUAUAAUGGGAAUAAUUGGAGUUGGACGAGGACCCUUGUCAUUUGUUUCCCAGAUUGCUCCAUAUGUUGGAGGCAAUAAAUUUUCUCAUUGCUUGUUGCCUCCUCAGACUGAUCCUAAAAUCGAAAGCAAGAUCUAUUUCGGGAAUCAUAGUGAAGUUUCAGGUGAAAAUGUGGUGUCAGUACCAUUGGUCGAAACAGAAAACCUCGACCGUGCAUAUGGUGUAAUAGUAAAAGGAAUUACUAUCGGAGAUAAAUUCAUUCAGUUUGCUCCGAUAGGUUCAUCGCUUCAGAAUAGCACGAUGAUAAUCGACUCCGGCACAACUAUCACAACUAUUCCUCAAGAUUUUUUUGACAGGAUAAUAACUCAUCUGAAGGAGUUACUUGAUCCAAAAUCGGAGACGUCGAUUGUCACUAUCCCGGGUGGUCAUCCUUGUAGCUUCUUCUGCAUCAAGGGUACAAUUCCAGAACUAAAUAUGAGUGUUCAUUUCGAGGGUGACCGCAAACUACAGUAUACAGUGCAACAAAUGUUUAUGCGAGAUGUGGUUAAUGAUGAUCGAGUCUGCUUGAAGAUGUUGAACACCAGUGACCCCAUGAUCAAUCAGGAUGUUUUUGGUAUAUAUGGAAGCACUCUUAUGGAAAAUCUUUUGGUUGGAUAUGACUUGGAUAAAAAUGUUGUCUCCUUCAAGCCAUCUAAUUGCAUCAACUAA